UAUGAUUCGAACACAGCCAAACAAAUAUGUUGUUCAGUUCUCGAUGUUAUUUAUUAUAUUUUAUAUUAUUUGUAAAAGAUCUAGUACCCCAGGUUAAGAGUAAUGAAGAAAAUGAGGAGACUCUUGAGAGAAAAUAUCAGUAUUUUAGUGAAUCGGAGCGAACUAAAUCUCGGGAACAUGCUCGUAGAAUGUUUUACUACGGAUAUGAUAACUACAUGAGAUACGCAUUCCCUUUAGAUGAAUUAGAUCCUAUACACUGUACGGGACGAGGACCAGAUCAUCUUAACCCGUCAAAUAUCAAUAUUAAUGAUGUUCUAGGGAAUUAUUCUCUUACUCUAGUGGAAUCAUUAGGAACUCUUGCAAUUAUGGGUAACAGCAGUGAAUUUAAACGUGCUGUACAAAAUGUAAUACACCAUGUAUCAUUUGAUAGAAACAGUACGGUUCAAGUUUUUGAAGUUACUAUAAGAGUGUUAGGUGCUCUAUUAUCAGCUCAUUUGAUCAUAAAGGAUCCUCUUCAGCCAUUUGGUGACAUGGUUCCUAAGGACUAUGAAGAUGAUCUUCUGACAUUAGCACAUGAUCUGGCCAAUAGACUCAUAGAAGCAUUUGAAAGAUCUCCUUCAGGAAUCCCUUAUCCAAGGGUUAAUUUACAAACAGGUUUGCCAGUGGAGAGUUGGACAGACACAUGUUUAGCCGGGGCCGGCACCCUCAUCAUAGAGUUUGGAAUUCUAAGCCGCCUUUUGAAUGAUCCAACUUUUGAGAAUUUGGCUCGUAGGGCUGUGUCUGAAGUGUGGUAUCACAGAUCUAAUAUGACUGGAUUACUUGGUAAUGUUAUAGACAUAAAGACUGGUCAAUGGAAGGGUACGAUGAGUGGAGUAGGUGCAGGAUUAGACUCUUUCUAUGAAUAUCUUCUCAAGGGCUAUAUCAUGUUUGGAAACCCAGAAGAUCUUAAGCGUUUCAAUGAUUUGUACAAAACAAUACGUCAUCAUCUACGAAAAGGACGAUUAAAAUGCCACGAAGGUUCCGGUGACACUCCUCUAUACGUAAACGUAAAUUUUCAAACGGCAAAAAUAGAGAAUUCCUGGAUUGAUUCGCUACAUGCUGCAUUUGCUGGAGUUCAGGUUCUCAAAGGUGACAUAGGAGAAGCUAUCUGUACGCAUGCAGUUUUCUAUUAUAUCUGGCGUAAAUACCAGGCGUUACCCGAGAGGUUCAACUGGCAUACUAAAAACCCCGAUGUGUCGUUUUAUCCACUCAGACCUGAACUAGCUGAGGCAACCUAUCUCCUUUAUCAGGCAACACAGCACCCUUUUUAUCUUCAUGUUGGACGCGAUAUUCUGAAAGAUUUAGAGACUAACACCAAAGCAGAAUGUGGCUAUGCUACCCUGCACAACGUGAUCGAUAAAUCACAAGAAGAUCGGAUGGAGAGCUUUUUCCUUAGUGAGACAUGUAAAUACUUAUACCUGCUAUUUGACCAUGAAAAUCAUGUCAACCAAGACGCUUCCAACUACAUUUUUAGUACCGAAGGUCACUUGUUUAGACUCGAUACAAAGCAAAGAAAAAGACCCUGGGACGUGACGUCAUUUCCGCGUCACAGGUUCAAGUUAAAAUCUAAUAUGACUCCAGUUACCAAGCAACAAAGAAAUGACUCUUGUGGGUGUGAGAAUUUGGUGGAGAGUUUCUACAAUCCUUUGCCGCUUGAUGCCAAGUAUUUAUUACAAAUCGAGAAAGAAAUCGGGCUAUAUGAUUAAUAUCUGGUGACUCAACUGCUCUAGGAUUACUAUAAUAGUCCCCUUAGACGUGAAUAAUUGUCCAAGGUGUUAAAAAAGGUCUCUAUCAUUGCAAGCUCACCGUUCGUCUCGCUUCGAUGCAAAGACACGGCUACUUUUCAAGAUGGCGCCGGGAACUGUUGAGGGGAUUAUUAUCUACGAGGAUAUAAAGCAAAAGAGGGGAACUGUUGAGGGGAUUAUUAUCUACGAGGAUAUAAAGCAAAAGAGGUGUUGCACCAUCACAUGACGGCAGCCAUGUUAGAUGGCAGGAAUAAUACCAUCGUUUUACACGAGAAAGAAUUCUAUUCUCAAGAGCAAAGGGAUUUUAUUGUUCUGCCAUUUAACCACAUGCAGCCUAAACUGCAUUCUGGGCGUGGGCACGCGAUGGUGCAAACGUCUUUAGACCUUAUCCAUCUUGGCUCAAUAUUUUCGCAUUCCAGAUCACGUGUCAUGCUCUUGAGAAUAAGUUUCUUUGUUUUGAAUUGUAUCCAUAUUGAAUGCUUGUGCAUUAAACAAAGAAAUGAUACUCUAGAGAAUGACACAUGGUGUGAAAUGAGUAGUCUAUUCAGGUAAAACCUGUUCGUUGUACAUUCUCGUUCCUAGAGCCUGCGCUUCUCCUGGUCAGCACAACGCAGGAUCUGGGGACGAGAUGAUAAACCCAUCGUCACUGCAGGCACCGGGGGAAAUAAUUCAGCUGCAGAUUCCUUUUCUAUCAUUGCUGUAGAUGGCUUUCUGAAUGAAUAUAUAGCUGUUUGAAACGAAUUCGAAGCGAAUUUCGAAAUGUAAAAAUAAAAACUUUCAAACUACUUUGAAUUAAAUUCACAUUAAUAAUUUAAAA